UCAGUCAAUAACGAGUUGCCGGUUAGUGUUGGUCAUAAGCGCAGCUGCAUGUCGGACUUCUUCUCGCGCCAAUCAAGACAUUCUUGCGAAUGUCGGGAAAAGCGUUCACGCGCAAUUUUCACGAGAAAGAUUUUUAAUAUUCGAAAAAGAUCGAUUGGGUGAAUUAAAAAGAUACUUGUAAAAUAAUUUGGAUUUUUUACGAUAAAAACGUUAGUAUUCCGCGUAUUUUCUGAAAGAGAUCAGAAGAUAUCUGAAAUCUGGAAACGAGUCAGAAAACUGCGAAAUAUUUUUGUCAAUUUUCCGGAGCGACGAGUAUCUGGAAAAACGCAACAAGUUUGUUCGAAUUGCGAACAGCAACACGCCUGAUUGCAGAUAAAUUUAUAUGUAACACUUAAAAGCACGAGUUAGUAUGAGUGAAUCGCAAUUUUCCACAGAACAUUACCGUGCAAAUAAUAUAAUACAAACAGAUAUAGUUCAGUGAAAUAAAUAAUUUCCGCUAAUUCUAUCUAUGUACAUAUGAGUAUGUACGUAUUGCGAUAAUAACAUCUAGAUAGAGAAAAAAUUACAAAAAAUAUAAAAGAAAAAACUCGUGUGACAUAUAAAAAACACUAUGUUAUAUGGUGCAAUAGCGAGUUGAUUUCAAGUCGUUCGGCAGUUUCGCACUUUUAAGCAGUUGUUUGACAUUUUAUAUCUUCUAAAUAAUUGCAUAUGCAAGCGGUCGAUAAAUGUUAAUGAGAUUUAAAAUACCUUGUGAUAUCAUCUCAUUAUCGCACAUAUAAAUACGUCCAGUAUUAUAAAUACACAAAUUGGAUCGUGAAAGAGUCGACGCGCGAAAACAAUCGAGAAACGCAGUUCAGAGAGUCAAGAAGGAUUAGAGUUCUUCCUAAAGUGAGAUAAAAACAUAUCAGGCGAGAUUGAAAAAAUUAGAAAGAUUAUAUUGUUUCACGUAUAAUUUACAUAUAAAUUAUUGUUGCGAUAUCGCGGUAAGUGACGAGAGAAAAGCGUCAUGACGAAUGCAAAAGAUGCUAAUAAAAUAAACGGGCAAAGAAACGGCGUGAAUCACGCAAUGGAUGUUAAUGUUACAAAUGGACACGCAGACAUUGUUAUUGCGAAUGGACAAAUUGAUGUUAACAAUACGAAUGAACGCUUAUCGACUUGCGUGGAAAUUAAGGUGGAGCCCAGCGAUGUUGAUCAAAAAAAGUGGGAACGAGAUGGCGUAAUUUAUCAAAUAUUGAUGAGUUUAUGCGCCAAUGUUGUGGUUCUGGGUCCAGCGAUGGGUUUCGGCUACAGCGCCGUGGCGGAGUCCGCGAUGAAGGCGCCGAAAACCGACGACGUACAACUGAGCAAUGUUCAGGCAAACUGGAUGACCACCGUCUCGGCGUUCGGGACGCCAAUUGGUUGUUUGCUCUCGAGUGCCGUGAUGAGGCGCGGAAGGAAAAUCAGCAUGUUCGUGACGUCAUUAAUUUCGUUGGCGGGUUGGAUAAUCAUCUACAGCGCGAACAACUUCGAAAUGAUCCUAGUAGGAAGAGUGAUCUCCGGAAUAGCUACCGGAAUGGCAUCGGUCCCAUCCACGGUGUACAUAGCAGAAAUAUCGGGAAGCAAAUGGAGAGGCACCAUGGUCACUUGGACCAGUAUCUCCAUUGCUCUCGGAGUUCUUAUUGUUUAUAUUUUUGGAUUAUUUUUCAAGGACGACUGGCGCAUGGUGGCUUUGAUGUGCGCGCUAUUCCCGGUGGCAGGGAUCGCUCUCACUUUGUUACUGGUGCCUGAGAGUCCUCUGUGGCUGCGGGAUCAGAAUCGUCCCGAGGAAGCGUUGGAGAUCAUGAAGAAAUACCGCGGAGUGCCGAGGAAUCAACCGGCUCCGGCGGAGGUUCUGUUCGAACUGAAACCGCGACCCCAGAAGAAGAAUCAGAAUUUGCUAAAGCAGCUGACAAAGAGAAGCUCUUUGGUGCCGUUCGUCAUAAUGCUCACCUUCUUCUUCUUCCAACAAUUCUCCGGUAUUUUUGUGAUCAUAUACAACGCCGUCGAGAUCAUGAAGAAGUCGGGAGUACAGGUGGAUCCUUAUCUCGGUGCCGUGCUGAUAGGCGUCGCUCGUUUCAUAGCUAGUCUUCUCAUGGCCGGUGUGUCCCGAAAAUUCGGCCGACGACUUCCGUCUUUGAUCUCCGGCGUCGGAAUGACGAUCUUCAUGGGCAUUUUGGCGCUGUAUCUUUUCAUAGCUCACAAAGGAAUCACUAUGCUGGACAAUGGAGUGGUACCGGUGAUUAGCAUGAUCAUGUACAUCUUCACAAGCACUCUGGGUUACCUAGCGGUUCCUUUCGCCAUGGUAGGCGAAGUGUAUCCGUCCAAGGUCAAGGACAUAUUGUCCGGUCUGACGGUCGCUUUGGGUUACGUUUUCAGCGCGAUCGCGGUCAAAACGUAUCCGGAUAUGUUGAGAUUAAUGAACAUGCACGGUGUGUUCCUGUUCUACGCGAUCAUAUCCUUACUUGGCACGAUAUUCAUCAUGCUGUUCUUGCCCGAAACAAAGGGAAAAACUUUGGGCGAGAUCGAGGACAUGUUCUCCAGAAAGAAAACCUCAAGAAAAUUCUCCGCCUACGAGCUGCAAUCGACGGAGAGAAUAAACGGAGGAAAGAUCACGCCGUCCUCCGUCGAAAUUCUUGGAAAUUAGAAGAAGUAUUUAUUGUUUACAUGGGUGAAGAUAACUACUAAACUAAUUUAUUGCUUAUGUACAGACAAAUAAACGCCGAUGGCGUAAAUAACACAAUUAAGUAUCCGACAAGGUUAACGUCUUAGCUGACGCGAGAAACAGAUAAAUUAUAAUAACAAAAUACACAUCACAUUGUGAUAAUUUUAAGAAGUAACGAAAAAUAUACAUGUCGAAAAAGAGAUUGAAGUGAUAAAACUAUACUUCAAUGUUUAAGUUUGAGGAUAUAAGUUUUUUUUAUUAAAUUAUAUAUAUGAUAAUUUGUAAAGAUUUACAAAAAGACACCAACUCCAAGACGUUUACUUAGCAUUUAUUGAUCUUCUUAUACCCGCGUCAUUUAGUAUGACACUCAUACUCGCGCGCGGGUGCUACGAUCUACUUUUAGAGAAUAACAACCAAUUUACUUAGUCAAAAGAAAACUUCAUCAAAAAAUAUAGUUUUAUUAACAUUUUAAGUUGUAUAUCACAAAAUUUUCAAAAACAAUUGUCGGUCUGUGAGACCCAAUGCGCGGGUAUUAGGAAGGUUCGACUCGUAUUGUGAAAACGAGUUGUUGUAACUUCGGUAAACAUUACGUAAUUAAACCGAUGUAUGUGUCACAUAUAUAAAUAUAUAUAUAUAUAUGUAUUAAUAUAUAUUUAUAUAUUAUUUACAUUUUUAUGUAAAAUUAUUUACACUUGUACGUGAAAUGCGUUUUAUAAAUGUUAAAAUAGAGAUAUGUAAAAUUUAUGCUAGUCUGAAAAAGAGAUGCUGAUCCGUAAUCUCGAAGCUGAUAUUUCAAUAGGACAUAUUCGAUAUCGACAUAUAUCGUGUUAUUAUAUUGAAUUUUUUUUUAUUAUUGUUUUAAAUAAUUUGAAUAAAAACUUCAUUUAAAAAAAUAAAAUUUACAUUUUAUAAAGAAACGUCACGUUUUAUAAGAAAGUUUACAGUUUUCUGAUAUUGUCAUCUCUUACAAAUGUAUUUCUUUUUGCACAUAGAAAGAUUAUUAUAUCAUCACAAAUCGAUAUCGUAAUCUUUUCGAUCUUGAUAAAAGAUCGAAAAAUUGAUAUUGCGUGAAGUAUCGAUAAUACGCUUAAUUAAUUAAAAAUAUCGUUGCGUCAAGGUUAGCAUUGAUAAAUUAUAAUAAUAUUCAAUUAUUAAAACUCCGUUUUCUGAUUAGACAGAUGAAUAAUAUCUUGAUAGCACGUAUCUAAGUGCAAACUGUAAACUGUGUAAACGAUGCCAUUACUACUUUAUUUCUGUAAGUGUGACUGUCUUUUUACAGAGAUAAACAUGAAUAAGUUUAAUGUACUCUGCGAUAAGAACGACAGAUUUUAUCGGAGCGCCGAUAAAACGAUCGAGUGUGUCGACCAACAGAUAAAACUUUGUAUUCGCGUGUCACAGAUAUGCGCUUUUUAUUUAAGGCUGAAAAGUAUUCCGACGACGCGAUGAUAAUCGAAAUUUUCUCCGUGAUUAGAGAAAUGCCUAGCGAUUACAAGCUCAGCAUUCGCAAGUUGCGAAGUUACUAAAGUUACUUCCUCUUGCACAACUUAAAAUGUGUUCCCGAAACCAAAUCAACGACGAUAGCAAAAUCUGCCGAGUGAUAGAUGAAAAAAAAAAAACGCAUUAAAAGGUUUUUUUUCACUUCAACGAUGAGAAAUUUAUUUUGACUGAGACUUGAUCGCAAUUUAUAAGUUUUUUUUAUGACUUACUUAAACUGUAUUAAAACAUCGUAUUAACUAUAUUGUUUAUUAAAAAUAUAUUUCACAAUGAUGUAAAAAUAUAUAUUAUGUACAUG